UUAUUGGUUGGAAAUGUGUAACAAAAAAUCCAGUUCGUGGUUUAGAAAAUAUUUUAAAAAAAGAUUUAUUUCUUUUCCAUUGGCUUUUUUAACCUUGUGUCUUUUUAUAAAAUACUCGUUACAAACUGAAAACGAUCACAAUGAUUCGUCUAUAUCUGAAUGUCUAUUUUGCGGAAUUGCCAGCGGUAAAAUAACACCUCCAAAGCUCGAAUUUGAAAACGAUGAAUUUGUGAUAUUUAAGGAUAUAAAACCUGCUGCUACGUAUCAUUAUUUGGCUAUUCCCAAACAACAUUUUGACAGCCUAAAGGUGCUUAAUAAAUCCCACGUAGGCUUAGUUGAGCGCAUGCAGAAUGGCAUGAUUCAGUUUCUUGCAUCAAAGGAUGUAGAUAUAUCAAAAGCAGUGAUCGGUUUUCAUGUUCCUCCGUUCAUUUCGCAAAACCAUUUGCAUCUACAUGGGAUUUCACCUGUUUCGGAAAUGAGCUUUUCCGAUCGGAUUAGUUUCAUGAUCCCUUCAUUUUGGUUUAAAUCGGCCAAUAGCGCAAUUGAAUCUUUACAACGCACUGAUCCCUAAUUAUGAUGAAAAAACUGCGUGUUCCUAAUAAAACUGAUCAGGUCUUAUGAGAUAA